UUUUACCCACACGAAAUAUACAAAAUUAAGUUAAAUUUAGUUUUAAACGACGUAUAUAUAUUUUUAAGAUCAUGAUUAAAUUAUUCUCUUUAAAACAACAAAAAAAAGAUGGAGAGUCGACCACAAGAUCAGGAACACAAAAAAAGGCAUCAGCAGCGCAAUUGAGAAUAACGAAAGAUAUAAAUGAAUUAAAUCUGCCUAAGACGUGCAAUACAGAAUUUCCAGAUCCUGAUGAUCUCUUAAGUUUUAAACUCAUAAUAUGCCCAGAUGAAGGUUUUUACAAAGGAGGAAAGUUUAUUUUUAAUUUCAAGGUCGGUCCGUCAUACCCCCAUGAACCCCCUAAAGUAAAAUGUGAAACACAGGUCUAUCACCCAAAUAUAGAUUUAGAAGGAAAUGUAUGUUUAAAUAUUCUCCGAGAAGAUUGGAAACCUGUACUUACUAUCAACUCAAUUGUUUAUGGGCUGCAGUAUUUAUUCCUGGAACCAAACCCAGAAGAUCCCUUAAACAAAGAAGCAGCUGAAGUUCUACAGACCAAUAGGAGAUUAUUCGAGCACAAUGUUCAAAAAGCCAUGCGAGGCGGUUACAUUGGAAACAUGCUUUUUGAGCGAUGUCUCAAGUGAUAUAACCCCUCUCCCGAAUGCAAUAAGAAGACUCAAUUGCACAAUGUGCCACGGGCUGUCUUUAUCAUUCUGCAAGUCAUUUUUUUCAUUUACCUUAUAUUCGGGAAAAUAAAUCCAUUUUGUUGACUUUAUGUUAAAGUUACAAUCUAAGAAUGACUUGGUAACAAAAUUUAAAGGCCUCGUGCCUAAAUACAUGUCUCCAGAUAUAUCAUCAGACUUUUACUUAGGAAUACAUUUUAAUCUAAAAUAAUAAAUUCAAUAUUACAUGUUAUUACAUGUGAUUGGUGAGUGUUCUAAUAAGAUAGGAGUAAAUUUGAC